AUGGGAGAGCGAUACAGAAAACAGUGUGCUGGCGCACUGAAUGAACUUCGUAGAGAGUAUGAGAGCGUCGCAUUCUACAUCAGCAGUAGAUCAGGGAAAUAUGAGCGCCGUAUCGACUUCAACAACGGAAUUUACAUCCAAUUCAUCAGUACGCGCGAAGGCUUGCGCAGCGUUGAUCUUCGAAAUCCGCGACUGGUUGAUGCCCUGGUCGACAUGGCUGAAACCGAGGGUUUAAGAGGACGUACCAUGGUUUAUGGGGUUGCAGCGUACUUCGGAAAGCACUCCGACGAGGCGCUGAAAAAGCAUCAGCAAUAUGACGCCGAAAGAGAAUAUUGA